CCUGCCUCCUUGCUCCACACACCCCCCCCCCUGUACACCACCUUGCAUCCUUUCCUGCGCGUGACGGCUGUCCCAUCCCCCGGGCGUCCCCCCUUUUUCGCACACCACCCACACUCUCUUUCGCAUCGUCGCCACUCAGACACACUAGGAAGGAACUCUCCCCGCAAUAUGUCGGCCAUACUUGCAGGCAUCUCCACUGCGCUCGGCGUUCACUUUGCUCUCAAGGUCCGGCAGCGCGAGCUUGCCCAGCACGGCACCCGGAGUCUCCCUGUGUUCGCUCGAAAUGUGGCCCUCUUUUCGGCGGCCACCUUCACGGCGGGUUACUUUGGCAUCAAGAUUUUGAACAAGCUCCUGAUGUCCCGGCACUCCUUCAAGACAAAUGACACCGACAGCUUCCCCUCCGAUGAGUAGGGAAGCCCGUAUGUCGUCCCCGUUGCUCUGUCCCGUGUCCGCCGCCCCCUUCGGCUGGCGGACGGUGCGGGGCAACGGAUAUACACCCACGCCUGGUGUGCAGGUGCAAAAUGCGAGAAAAAAUAGACAUAAAAUCACCCUUUCAACGCA